AUGUUAUCUGAUGCACUCCAAAAACGCGGGUGGAGCUCCGAGGAGGUGUCGGAUGCGCUGGGGCUCGAUACCCGGCAGCAGAAGGCGAAGAAGCCCAUGAUAAAGCCGUUGCCGGAGCUGGCUGAGUGCCUGAGUCGGUGGACUGGAAGUCAUCAUCGUCUUCCUUUUGAGAAUUGGGGACAUGCCGUGAAGCAUGUUUCUACAGUCGACAGAGGCGGCUUCGCGAAUCGCCAUUGGAUUCUGACGAGAAAAAGAAAUCCUACUAGACUAAGUCGUCCAGAAGAUCAAGGACAAGGAGGGGUCGUAGCUCAAAAUGAGCGGUGGGAUCCAGACGGCUUCAGACUCUGCUGGGGAAUCCUGCUGAUUUGUCCCAAAAAUCCCAGAGAAUCGAGAGGGAAAAAAGGACAAACUCUUCGAUUUUCUUUGGUACAACUGUCAGCGUUCGAAGAGUUGUUCGUGGUGGAGCUCUUCACCGAUGAUGUGCCAAAGAUUGCCGAGAAUCUCUGUAUAGACGAGAUUUUACCAUCUGAAAAGGCAUCAGCAGCGAGUAUCCGAGUAGUCGAGGGUCUAGACUUUGUCAAUGUAAUUGAGAUGGCCAGAUACGGAUUCAGCAAAACCCCAAAGCCGCUGAUGAGAAGAUGGAAAAACGUGUUCAUCGAGGAUGUUCCGAGCAGUGCGAGGAUCGCCACGAUUAAGGUUGUUAGGGAGAGUGAGAAAAUAUGGCAGUUCGCUAUUGUUAGAUGAAAAAAAUGACACUACAUCUUUUCACUUUCUAAUGAUCAAUUGUUCUUUUAAAGACAACAAUAAGAGAAAUCUUAUCGUUGUCUUUGUAUUUGUAAUUUUGUGCACUUAUUUAUAUUAAUGCUUUGUUAGGCACAAAACAAUCCACAGCUUUAGCUGUAAGGAAUACAUCUAGCAACACAUCUAGCAGCAGUAUAAAUUAUGUUUACCACUAUGGUGAGAACUACAUUUAAAUAUUUCUGCAAUGCUCUUUUUGUCGAUUUGCAGUACAGACAAUGGUGAGAUAUUUAUUUGGGGUGAAUUAUAAAUCCAUACUCUACAUCUGUUAAAAAAGGCAACAUGUCCAACAAC